UUGCAAACAGGAAGUGUGGCAAUCCAUCUACCGAACCACCGGAGAGUGUCAUGGAGGCCUACGAGCAGGUCCAAAAGGGACCCCUGAAGCUGAAAGGCGUAGCAGAGCUGGGAGUGACCAAGCGGAAGAAGAAAAAGAAGGACAAAGAUAAAGCGAAACUCCUGGAAGCAAUGGGAACGAGCAAAAAGAACGAGGAGGAGAAGCGGCGCGGCCUGGACAAGCGGACCCCGGCCCAGGCGGCCUUCGAGAAAAUGCAGGAGAAGCGGCAGGGCCAUCAGACUUCCUGCACAGCAACUGGCUUCCAAGGGCACAAAGCUAACGCUGCCAGGUCUUACGCAUGGACCCAGAACUGCAAAUGGAAAGGAUCCUAAAGAAAGCAUCCAAAACCCACAAGCAGAGAGUGGAGGACUUCAACAGACACCUGGACACACUCACGGAGCAUUACGACAUUCCCAAAGUCAGCUGGACGAAGUAGCCGCCUGCGCCCAGUAUGGAGCAGCAUCAAGGGUUCGCAAAAGGCCACAUUGGGGUUGUGUGUGUUUCCUGUUAUAUUCUAGAAACAUGGCUUUACAUACACCCUUGCAUCUUCUGCUACAGACUGCUUUUCGAAGCUGUGUACCCUCAUUCUGGAACUUGAUUAAAGUAAGAUUGUCCUUGUACUCAGCUUAGGCUUCUUGGCAACAUACAGAAGAUACACCCUUUUCGUUUGGAUGGAAAGUUUCCAAGUUUAUCCAGAGGUAAAGCCCAUUGUGUGUCUGUGUCACGUAAAAAUGUUUUCACCCCUGAGUUGCAUGCAACGCUCUGAGGCCAGCCAGCUGUCUUCUCCUGGAUGAGACAGACUCCAGAGGAUAAGGAGCUACGCCAUGGUGGCCUGCAGUAUGCAGAGCCCCGCAGGACCCAGUGUAGGCGCCCUUCCAAGCUUCCUCUAGCUUUGGGCCUGUGCUGUCCCCUGCAGGCCCCAGGGAAGCCACCUGCAACUCUGUGGCCUUCAGACUUCCUCCUCAGCCACCUGAGAUAGCGUAGCCUGGGUAAUGGAACAGCCACCUAAGGCAAGAAUGGAACGGACACACCUUGCUCCUUUCUGAGCCUGUUUCCCAAAACCCCCUUUCCAGGUGCUUCUAAUGGGUGUUGCCACAGCAGACAUUGCUAAUGCAUCACAGCAUUCUUUGAAAUGGAACCCAGACACAGCCUGCCUCUCAAUCCUCAGCUGGGGGCUCCUAGCAGCCUCUUGUAUUUACUCAGAGUUGACACAUCACACGGAUCCUGUUUGGCAUUCCUACCUUCCGGACACCUCAAGGGUGACAGGACCAGGGCAGAGCCCCAGUACAAACAGACAAGGCUGCAGUCAAAUGGGAGGGUCCAGGUGUCCGGGUUGGAGGGCUGGGAUCUUGUAGGGCCUGUGCAUCCUGGUUGGGGAUCAAACCACAUCUGUUAUUGGGAGAAACGAUCUCUGUUGACAUAGAUAUUGAAAGAAUAAUGAAGGCAGAAGAGAAAAACCAAGUGUGGAAUUUGGGGUUGUCCUGUGUAAAUUACACAAUAAAGCAAAAGCCAGUUAUUACAA